AUGAGUUCUAUCCACAAUAAUUCUCAAGAUAAAAGUGGAGAAAAAACCUAAGAAGUUAUUUAGAAAUAAGAUUAAGUUGUAGAGAACAAUGUAGUUACUAAUCCUAACUAAAUAGAUAUAGUAGUUGACAGCUAGAGAGCUAUCAACGAAAAUGAUUAAGAGAAUUUCAAAUAAAACUUGAACCAAAAUGUCCAAGAUAUACAGAUCGAAUCAAAUGGUAAAAUAGAUGAAAACCAAGGAUUGCUUUAGAAAACGAAUGAAGACAAAUAAUAGAUGGAAAUAGAAAUGUAGAAACUCAAAGAAGAAGAAUAAGAAAAAGAUAAAGGUAAACAAGAUAAAUUCGAAUAAGCCUUAAAAGAAGAAGAUGCAAUUCCAAUAGAUAUUGGAAGGACAAGCACAAAAGCAAAGACAGUAAAAGAUAAAGGAAAUAAAAAUAAAGGUGCCAAAGACAAAGGAGGAAAAGACAAUAAAAAUAACAAAGAUAUUUCUACACAGUAAGGUUCAGUUAUUGUAACUAACAGCAUGGUUAAAAAAGAAGUUAAAGCAGCAAUAAAAUAAAAUACUUUCCAAUAGCAACGAGCCUUACAGAUGCAAUUUAAAUAAAGGUAGCUUGAAAUGAAGAAAAAUGAAGGUUAGUAGAACUAGAUGCAAAAAUCAGGAUUCUCUAUCAAGAAUUUACUUAAAGAUAAUCUUUUUAUUAGAAAAUCAUGGAGAAUAUUGUUAUUAGUACUGUUAGUAGCUUUAAUCCUAACUCUAAUAUUAGUCUUUUACUACUCAGUUGGAUUUGUUAGAGGAUCUUUAAGAUUAGGUAACAAUGAGAAAGUGGCCAUGAAUUUAGAGAGUUGUUCUUUAAUGAUCUAUGACUACUCUCUUAGAAGCAAAUAUACUUUAGAUGUUAACUUCUUAUCUGCUUCGCUGUCUAUACCAAGUUCAGUAGCUUCUGACUAGAACAUGUAUCUUCAAUACAUAUAUCCAAAUGCUCCUCUUUAAGAGCACCACAGCACAUUUUCUGAAAGUGAAGAUAAUGGAGUCAAGACCCUAGAAUUCAAUAAUAAAUUAAAUAGCUACGAAUGCGAAAUCGUAAUGUUCGUUUAUAAAGAUACUUAGCUUUAAUCUCUGGAUAUCAACUGCGGUGAUACGAGUCAAUGCAAUAUUAUUAUUUACUCAUAAUAAUUGAGCAUAGCUACUAUGAAUGUUAAGGGUUUAAAUGUCUAGAUGAACGCUCCUUACCUAAAAGCUGAUACAUUCACUUAUUUGAGUAUGCAAGGAUCUAUAGAAAUACCCUUCUUUGUUUUUAAAACUGCUAAUAUAAAUACUAGAGAAGGAGAUAUUUCAGUACAAUCUACAAGCGAUAUUACACUUACUUAUAAGUAGAAAGAUCCCUAUAAUUGUCUUUCUGCUAAGUCAGUAACUGAUUAAUCCAACAAUUAAUUGAAAUUGGAUGAUUAUCAGAAAAGCAUCUAAUUUGAGUCUGAUUAAUCAAAGUGUGACGCAAUCUAUCCAUGGGGUCUCUCAUAAGCUUCUUAAACACCUGAUAAAGUAAUUGAAUAUAGGUGUUAUAGCAACACAGUUAUUCUAGCAAACGAUGGUAAAAGUAAAUCUACUUUAACUGCUUCUAAUUCCUUUGGAAAUAUAUUUGUAAAUGUUAUUUCUGCAUAAGGAUAGCAUUCAUAGGCUUCUAGUGCAAGCAACAAUAUUGUAUUUAAUAAGGCAAGCAAAACUGAUAAUCAAGAUAAUAAUAAAAACAUUGAUUACAUUAAUUUUUCAAAUUUAGCUUAAAUUAACUUACUAAAUCUAACCAAAUCAGCAUCAAAUCCUAAAGUAUAUGAUCCUAUAUUCGUAUUUGAAAUAGGUCCUAAAUUCACUAGAUCAUCCACAUUUUAAUAAGUUUAAUUUUCAUACAAUCCUGCUUACAGUUAUAUGAAGCCUUAUUGGCUUGGAGAGCUAACUUUGACAUUAAUGACUACUUAAAAAUAUAGUGGAUAGUAUACUAUAUCUCCAGGAUUUUGUCCUUAUGUUCCUUCUCUUUCAUUAGAGAGAAUUCAUAGCACUUAGUACAUGAUAACUAAUUUUAUGUAGUAAAACUCAGCACCAUAAUAUGCUUUAGCAAGUGACGCAUGGUAGCCAUAUGUUGAUUAUCCUCCAUAGAAAUUCAUUUCAACAGAUACUUACGAAGGAUUUAAGGACAUUAGCUUAAAUAGAAAUCGCGAUGAGCAAUGGAUAGGAGUUGAUUCUGAUUAAUCUAAAAAUUACAGUGUUACAAAUUAUGAUGUUUCUUACAGCAGUUCAUUAUAUGCUGCUAUUGUAGUUAGUUGUAUUCUUUCAGGUAUUUUAGGAGUUAUUUUGAUGGUUAUUCUAGUUUUUGCCAUCAAUUAAAAUUAUAUUUGGGUUCUUAAUCACAUAGCAAGUGUUAGAAAGUAUUCAUAGUUAGAAAAAGGUGGAGCAGGAGAAAUAGAUGAGUCGACUUUGGACAUACAAAAGAGACGUUUUUAUCUUGAAUAUAAGGAAUAAUAACAAAUGAUAGAAGAAUAAAAUAAGAAAGCUUUAUAAGAUGCAGGUGAAAAUCCUGAAAAUGAGGAAUAAGGUUUCGUUCCUAAAUAUACUAUUACCAGUAUAUUUACUUUAUUCUAUUAGUUAAUUUAUCUCUCUCCUCCUUUAAGUGCUUUUAUUGACUACGUAGUACUCUUGCUGCACAAAGCAAAACAAAAUUCUAUUAGUGAGUUCUACAAGCUUCUCUUUAGGUCUAAAAAGCUGAAAGAAUUAAAAGAAAAUGAAGAUGAAGAAAUUCACAGUUUAGAAAAAGAUUAAAUAUUAGGAAACGAAAUGAAGUAACUUUAUGAAAAAUUCUGCUAUCUCAAUCAAUAUCUUGAGAGAAAAUUUGAUGAUGAAGAAAAUUUGAAAUAUUUAACAGAAAUGGGCUUUAAAAUUGUAGCUAGAUUUGAUGCUUAAACUUAAUAUUUUACUUACAUUAAAUACAAUGGCACAAUACCUACUAUUCCUGAAUAGCCAAAUAAGACAUCUUUGGAUUUAUUCAUAUCCAGCUGUUGCAGUCUGACAAAGUUUGAAACUGAUCGCAUUGAAUCUACAGAAUUAGAAAAUUAUUAUUCAGAAUUUUGCACCUUAAAUCAUAUGUAAAAGAUUUAAUUAAAUGAAGGUUCCUUAAAGAGAGAUUAUGGUGUAUCUACUGUUUAUUUGCCUUAAUAAUGGGUUGAGAGAGAUGAAAAAUAUGAUGUGUAAAAGCUUAAAAAGAAAUAUUUUAUUGAUAAAAAAAGAGUAGAAAACAAUUUUAAGAUAUUAUUAGCAAAAGAUAGCUUUUUAUUCAGUAUGCUUUAUGACACUGAAGAUUUCAAGUAAGCAUAAAGAGAUAUAUAGGUCGCAACAGGCUGGCAAUUCUUUGAUUUAAUUACAGUUAUGGCUCACGUUUUAGUUAUGACAUUAAUAGGUUGUCCUUUAAUUAUUUUGGCAAUUUUCCUUAGAGCUUAAUAAUCUUCUUAUUCAUUAAUUCCUCCUAUGAGAUUAAUCUUCUAAGACACAAUUAAUUAUUAUCCUACUUCUAUACCCGCCAAGCUAAUAGAUGAUAAUUGGAUUGUUUAAGCAAUUACAAUCAUCACUUUGAUAUUUUGGAUUCUUUCUUUUUGGGAUUUGAUUUAUUAUUAUGCAAGUAUGGACUUCCCUUAAGAAAAGUACUUUAAUGAAUACAAAAUGGUAGGCAAAUUCAGAAAAUUCCUAUCAGGUAUUAUGUGGAUCAUUGUUCUCAUCUCUUUUUACACAUUUGCAGUUUAUUUUUCAUUGGUUGCUAUUUGGUUAAUGUUGAGUGCUAUCAUCAAUCCAAACGCUUUCUUACCCUAUGCAACUUCUGCUGCAACAUUUGUCACUUUAGUAGCAAAAAAAUAUAAGGAUUUCCAAGAGAUUUCUUAAAAUGGAUUUAAAAUAAUAUCUGACUAUCUGUAGUAAAUGGCAUCAGGAUAAUUCCAAGAUUUGCUCAAGAAAAUGAAUAUUUAGGAUAAAAUAGCUGAUAUGGUACCUACUGAUACAUUAAAAGGCAUCACAGCUGAAGCAUCCAAACUUGGAAUAAUAGAUGCCUCUACAUCUGAAGAAAUUUAAAACAAUCUUGAAAUUAUGAUUAGAGAUCCCACCUCAGUUUCUAAACUAGGACAAGAGCUUGUUAAAAUUUCUUAAGAUCCUCAAGCGUAUGCUUAAUAAAUUUCUCAAAAGCUUGAAGAAAAAGCUAAGGCUAUAAUCUAAUAACAAGUAAGUGCUAUUGACAAAGAUCUCAGAGAUGAAUUAGUCAAUCUCAUUUGGUGUUUGCUUAAAAAUUAAAAAAGCGAGCUUAAAAAUUCAAUAAGUUCCUUUGUUAACGCUCUCAUCAAUAUAUUCUAAAAGAAAUAGGGUAAAUAGUUACUUAAAAGCAUAGGCUUCGUUAAUCUUAAAGGACCCGUAUUCGAUUUUGUCUGGGAGUUUGCUUUCCCUCAGGAAAAUUUCAAAGGAAAUUACUAAGACCAUUUAAUAAAUGUAUUUUGUGUUGCAUUAUCAAAUGUGAUUUCUGUUUGGAAUAAGCAACUCAAAUCAAUCAUCUCAAUAGAUUAAUAAAUGGCUAAAAAGCAAAACGAAAAUAGAGAAAAAGGAAAUAAAAAGAAUAAUAAAAAAUAAAAUUCUGAAAAAACAGAGCAAUAAUUGCUGAAAGAAAAGCUUUUGAAGGAUAUCGAAAAGGCAGAUUCUGUGAUACAAGCUGAGACUGGUUAAGAAGAAGAACUAGAAAUAGAACUAACUUCAGAAGAGGCUAUAACUUAUGCUUAUAAAAAUAUUAUUUAUUCAGUAAUCUAGAUAUGUCGCUCAAUUUAAUCAAGUAACAGCGAAGUUAUUUUGAAUUAAAUUCUAAAUCUUGUGUAAAAUGGAAGCAAGCUUCCAGGAUUUGAUGGACUCAACUAAAUUAAAUAGUACUAAGACAUAUUUAAAAUAGGUUACGCUAUUUUUAAAAAUGAUGGAGAAGUUGACUUUGAAGAUGUCAGUUCUGCCUUUAAAGGAUUUUUAAAAAAUACUGGUUUGGAAAAUUAAGUAAAGGAAAUAGCAGGAGUUGGUAUUUUAGAUGUACUUAAAAUAGUUGAGAUCAUUAUUUAAAGCUUUAAAGGUCAAAGCAAGUUGAUGUCUUCUAAUACUAUUAAAAAAGCUAUAUAAAACCUUUUAGGUUCAGUUGAUUUCGUUUCAAAGAGAAUGAUGAUUAGAAAACAAGAAUUUAAGGAUGUAAAGUUAAUGACCUCUGGAGAUGAAUGCUUAAAAAUGAAAGAUGAUGUCACAGUUAAUUUAAACGAAACAAAAGCUGCUAUUAAUGAUUUAGAAUAAUAAAGAAUCAAGGCUAAGUAGAAUGAAGAAUCGUAUAAAGAAAAAUUAGAGAGCAGUUUAUAUUAUCUCAGAUAUUAUUGCAAGGAACUCCUUUAACAGAAAUAAGACGAACCUGGAUUUGAUUAAGCCAAGAUAGAUGAAAUAGAUAAUGCCUCUGGAGAGAAGAUCAUCUAUGAGCUUGAAAAAAUUCUAGAAGAAAUCAGAAAAAUUAACUUGGAUAAAAACAAAGUUUAUACUCAACAAAAAUCAGAUAUUAUGAAAGAAUUUGCAAACAUGAAGAAAGAAAAGGCAGAAUAAUAAGAGAAAUUAAAUGCUUUGAAUACCAAAAUAGACCCUCUUAAGAGCAAAAUCAGAAAAAAUUUAGAAGAAAAGCUCAAAGAAAAGACCAAGCUAGAAAAUUAAAAAAAUGCUGAUAUUACAAAACAAAAGGAUGUGAUUAAAGAAAAAUAAAAAAUAAUUUCUAAUGUUAAAUAGCAAAACAAUCAAUUGUCAAUAAAGCUUAAAGAAAAAGAACUAAAUAGAAAGAGAAAUAUUGAAAAAUUAGAGGAGUUAGAGAAAUAGCUUAUAAAUAAAGGCUAACCUGAAGAGGAAGCUGAAGGAAAUGCAUAUAUUCCUAGUGAGGGAGAUAUUUAAGAGUUGAUGGCAACUGAAAUUCAUAUGAGAAAUCCAUACUUGCUUGAUCAUGCUGACGAUGAUGAUGAAAACUAGCACUUUAUCAAAAAUAAUGAAGAAAAUAAAUAGUCAAAAAAAAAGAGAGAGGAAGAAGAAUAAUUAAUAGAAAUUAAGCAAGUUGAAACCACAAUUAGAAAUAUAGAUUCUGAAAUUAAUUAAAUCAAAUAAGAAAUCGCUAAAAAUUAGGAUUAGAUUAAAUCAGUUGAAUAAGAUAUUAAGGAGAUUGAAGAUGAAAAUAUUUAAGAUAUUGAGAAUUAAUAUACAAGAGAUAUCGAACAACUGAACAAAAAAUUUGCUUUGAAAGAUGAAGAAGAUGAAUUAGUACUUCUCUAAGAAGAAUAUGAAAAAGAAAAAGAAAUUUAUGAAGAAAUAGUCAACAAAAUAUCUGAAAAUAUGGUUCAACAAGAAGAUAUAGAAGAAGACAUCAAAUCAAAUGAAGAGAACACUAAUUAAUAUGUAGUUGAUACUCAAUACUAUAUGGACGAAUUCAAGACAAGCUAAAAAGCACUCAAUAAAGUUUAUUAAGAUAAGAUUGAAUAUCAUGAAAAAAUUGAUGAUUUAUAGGACAAAAAAAUAAAAUUCGAAUAAUAUCUAAUUGAAUUGGAUGAGAAAUAUAAAACCAUAUCGGAGGAGCUUAAAGAAAAAAAUAAGCAAGAAGAGGAAGAAGAAAAGAAAAGAGCAAAGGAAGAGGCAUAGAAAAAAGAAGACAAUGAUAACUACUUAUCAACAGGAUUAACAAUUAUGCUUAAUUUCUUUAGUGGAUCUAUCUCAGGUUUGUAGGCUGAUUUAGUUAAAGAACUCGGUUCCUUCUUUGAUUUGAUUUCUGAUAGUAUAGAAAGUGACGAGAUAAAGAGAAUGUUUAAGUUCUUGAAAAGUUAAAUUUUAGAUGAUUCAGAUGAUUAGAAAGGAAAGUCAAAUAAUAAGGGAAAAGAAAAAAUUAAUAAUUUUUAGAGCAUUUUGAAUUUGUUAGAUAUAUUUUUGAAUGACUCGAUUAUUUCAUCUGAUAAAAUACUUAAGAAUGGUAAAGAUAAUCUUUUAGAAAGCGAAGUUGUUAAAUCACUUCAAAUACUCUUUACUAGUAGAUUCGAAGGAUUCACAAAAUAAAAAGCUAUAGAUAACUUUUUAAAAGGUUCAGACUUACUUGAACUUAUAUCAAAAGUUAUGAAGAUGAAAGAAGAUACAAUCCUUGGGUUCAUGGAGCUUUUACUAGGCUACAAAACCAGCAGAGAUGCACACACCUUUGUCAAUUUCGCUACUUCAUUAAAUAAGAUUAAGGAAAACAAAGUCCAUUCUUUGAUGCAUCUGUACAAUUUAUACUCUUCUAAAAACCCAAGUGAAUUAUAUGAUGCUCUAAAUUUCUUUUAGGUUACCAAAAAUGUCUCAGAAGAAUAUAAAAAUAUUACAAUCAAAGAUUUAGUUUCAGUUUUGUUGUUCAUGAGAGGUUCAUUAGAGUUCGACUAUGUAUAAACUAUUAUUGAAGAAAAAUUGAAACUAAUUCCUUAAAAGGACUAAGAGUAAAAUCCUAAAAAAUAACUGGAAAUUAAGGAGAGAAUGAAAUUUAAUUUGGAAUUACCAACUCAUUUCAAGAAGCUAUUUGAAAUAGAAACUAAGGGAUAUCUGCAAGCAAACACUCUACAAGCAGACUUCAAAGAUAUCAAUAGAAAUUUUGAAAUUCUGCUUGAACAAGCUGACUUUAAUUUCUUCAAGAAAUUCUCAUCGAUCAGAAAUAUACCAAGAAUUGAAGAUCCUUCAUAAAACACUUUGGUAAAGAGCUCUAUUUCUGAUAUUUCUGAUAUGUUAAACAUAGACUAUUAAUCUGUGGAAUUCUUCAUCAACUUACUUACUUCAUCAAAAGCAGGAAAGAUAAAGUAAUCUUUAGACAUGCUUUAGAUUUUAAAGAUUAAUCCUAAAUGUGAUGACAAUGACAUAAACACAUUUGUUGAAUUUAGUGCAUCUGUUUUGGAAAAAAUUGAAUCAAAAAAUUAAAACAUAUAAAAUAUUUCUAAGAAUAUCUUUUCAGAUAAACUUCCUGUUUGUUUAUUAAGAAAGAUUCUAUAUCAUGAAGGAGCUGUUAUUCCAUACUCUGAUUAUUUAGACCUUUUUAAUAUCUACUGUAAUAACAAUAUUCCUAAAUCAAUAACUAACUUAAUAGAUUUCAGAUACGGUAUUACAGGAAACAGGAAAAGAGAUAUCUACAAAUUUUUGCAUCCUUUCAAAGAUAAUUCAGUAGAAGAUUACAAGAAAUUUAAGAAAUCAGGUUAGGGCUAAUAUGGUUUAAUCAAAGCAGUCUAAAUCCUAUCUAUUAAUGAUGAAGCCUUUAGAAUUUAACAUUUCCUUUAAUAUUUAGUUAAUACUAAUUAAGAAGCACUAUUAAUGGCAAGCUGUUUGCUAGUCUAUUUUAGUGGUCGCUCUAGUAAUGUUACUCUAAGAAUUUAAGAUAAAUAAGAUAAAAAGCAAAAGAAGGUCAAUGUAGAAUAGAUGUUGUGCAUAUUACUUUAAGUAAAAUAAGAAUUCUUCGAAGCAGUCCACACUUAUUUCUAAGAAGACACUAAUUAUUGCACACAAACCAUGAUUAAAUUUUAUCGUUAGUUAGAUUACCUAGAGCAGUAAGCAGAUGGAGAUGAAAAUACUGUUCUUGAAAACAAUAUAACUAUUUCAGAUAAAAAUGUCGAAUAAUAUGUCAGACUAGUAAAUCAUAUGCAAUUUAAUACAUCUUUUGUAUCUAAAGAUACAAAUAUCCCUAUCGAAGCUGUCGAGUUAGUGUCUAAUCUAAUGUAUAUCAAGAAUUCUAAGAGUGACUAGGAGCGUAACGCAAUUUUCGAGUCUAUGAGAAACAACACUUAUAUCUCAAAGUUAUUCUAACAGUUAGGAGUCAAUCAUUAAGAAUUAGUUACUUUAAUUAAAGUAAUGUACUAAGACUACGAACCUACAAAUAUUAAGUGGAUUUCUAAAUCACUCAAGCUACCUCCAUAAUUCAAAAUUGAUGGAUUGUAGUAGUUGGCAAUGAUAGAUUAGAUUCUUCCAAUCUUUGGUGAGUCUUCUCAAAAUAAAAAAUAGCUAGUUAACUUGAUUAAGACAAAUAAGUUUAUUAAAAGCUUCAAAGUUGAUACAACCUGGGCUGAAGUUGCUUAUAUUUUGUGCAAAGGAGAUUUCUGUCUUCUUUCUAAAUACUAAGAUGUUUUAAUACCUCUCAAGUAUCCAUCUGCUAUAAGAUUUGAAUAAAUUAUAGAACAAGAAGAGCUUUAACAAUCUAGAACUUUGACUUAGGCCGUUAAUGCGAAAGAAAUCAAGUACAUCUCUCUAGUUUAAGGUUUAGUUGGCUUGCUCUCUUGCAGAUACUCGACCUUCUAAACAACUGAAUUCCUUUAUCAACUUUACACUAUAAUAAGUUAGAAAUAUGUGAAAGAUGAACAUCUAACUAUUGAAGAAGGACUCAAAAAGGGUAAUACUCUUCAAUAUGCAAUCUAUAAGUUUACUAAAAGCACAUUAAUGAGUCCUGUUUGGACAUUACUUAUGAUGGGAGAUCAAAACACUUGGGAAUUCAUAGCUUAGAGCCACUAUUUAGUUAAUAAUAACAAGAACCCUUACCUUAAUCCAAUUUUGGCUUUGGUUUAUGUUCUUAACUUUAGAUCAAAUCCUUUAAUUGUUAAAUAAUUACUUGCCGAUUUAGAAUAUGCAUAAAGAUGCUAUUAAAUUUAUGUUGCAAAACUAAAAAAAGAAUGCCUAAAAAGGGCUCAAUUAGAAAAGAAAAAGGAAUAAAAUGAAUAUGCUGAAGAAAAUAACAGUGAUGAAGAAAUUGAAGAACUUUUGUUGAAGGAUAUCAAAAAGAAAAACAAAAAAUAAACAGAUAAAGGCGAAAAAUCAAUGAAAUUUGAACUCACUGAAUAAGAAAAGCAAAGGCUUUAAGAGCUUGAAGAUAAAAUAAAGAAUUUUAAGAUUUAAAUAAAUAAUAUAUUGCUAAACAGUCUGGAAAAGGAUGGUGAAAAGUUGAUUCACAUUGCAGAGGAGUUUAACUUCCCUAAAAAAGUUAUUAACAUGCUCUUAGUUUAUGAACAUGACUACGGAGAGAAGAAGAAAAAUGAUGAAGAAAUCGAAGAUGAAGAAGAAGAAGAAAAAGAAGUCAGAUUGACUACAGCUUUAAUUUAUAAGGCUUUUGAACCAUUAGAAAAAGAUAUGGAAAAAGAAGAAAAUAAAAAUAAAUUUGGAGAAUUCAGAGAACUUGAAAUGCUUAAUUAAGUCUUCGAAUAUGUUGGAACUGAUUUCUACACUGAUCCGAGAAGAGAAAGAAUGAAUUUGGAUCAUGAAGAAACUAAUUUUACUAGGAGCUAUUGUUUAUAUACUCAUAAUUCUAGUCCUGUAAUGCAAAUGGUUGUUUUGAGUACAAUUGCAUAGCUUAAAUUAUCAUAUUAUGAUUUCUACGGAUUUAACGGACGUGACGAAGAUCAUUAUAAGCAAGUAACGUUUGCUAUUGAUCUUAUAUUAGGAACUUUGGAGAAGUAUUAUUAUUUCGAUGAUAUGAUGGAUUUCUUCCCCCGUCACAGACUCAUUCCUUUAAUAGGUUUAUCAGUUGGAUUUAUCAUCGAAUCAGAUGAUAUACUUUCUUCUAUGACCUCAAGAAAUAUAUUUGGUUAAAACUAUUUCAAUGAAGUAAUAAUGGAGCUUUGUUAUAAAGUUUAUGAUAAAUAAUCUGAAGAGGAAUAAGAAAAUGGAGAAGAUUAAAAAUUAGAUAAAUAGAAAUUCUAAAAAUUCAUAGAGCUACAUAAAUAUAAACUUAAAUUAAAAUAUUUUAUGGAAAGGAUUGUUGAUUAUGAUCUCGUCUAUCAGGUUGAAUAUAAUUAUGGUUAUCAUGGAAUAUUUAAAGGAAUUACUUAAUCAGAAGUACAGUCGGAACUAGAAAAAAAGAAUUUAGAGAAAUUAAUUGAUAAUUAUGAUGAGAUGAUGUGGGAUUGUUUUGAAAGAGAUGAAAUUCUUUAUCAUAUAACUGACUCAAAGUCGUACUCAACUUACACAAAACGUAGUUAUUAUAUUGAUAGAGAUUCUUACAAUGAAAUUGAUCACUAUUCAGGAGAAAAAAAGAAAGAUUUGUUUGAAUAUUUAGAUAAUUACACAAAAGUAGCUGAAACAGAAAACUUUAAAUUUAUGAUCGACAUUUACAAAGAAAACUAUAAAUCUUUGAAUGACAAUGAUCAUUUUUCAGCUAAUUACGGAUAAGAUAGUAAUAUGUAUUUUGGUACCUUGAUACUUAAUGGAAUCAUAUAACAAUAAAUGAAAGAAAUUAAAAUGGAAGACUUUUAAUCUCAUGUUAAUUCAACAUCCCUCUACAUGACUAGCAACAAAAAAGCUCUUGCAGAAAUUCUAAGUUUGCUAAUUCCUUCUCUAAAAUCCAGUUUUACUUCAUUAAAUGAAUUAUUGAAUGUUUCGGAAGAAAAUCUUUAAAGCUUUAUAAGUUUAGCUAUGAGUAAGAGUAUCAAUCAAUCAAAAGAUUUAGAGACCCUCCUAAAAAAAUCUUCAUUGUCAGAUUCUAAUAAAGAGGCUCUAAAAAAUUGUGUUUGGGCUUAUCAAGGUGAAAUGAGAGAACACUUGAAAUUGAUUUAUCACUCUCCUGUUUUCUUGCAGUCUCCAAGAGCAAUUAUUUUGUUCACUAAAUUCCUUUGGUCAUUUGAAAAAAGUUCUAUGCAUAAAACUAUUAAUAAUCCAUAUGAAAUAAAUUACUUUGACUUCUGUAAUCUAUCGCCUAACAGAAUUAAAGCCUUAGAAAAAGCUUAGCAGUAUUUAUGGAAAAUUAGUUAAAAUCUUUGUUACUAAAAAUGGAUUAUAGAAAAUAAGGUAGAUCCUAAAAAAAAUGAAAAUUCUAUAGAUAACUACAAAUUAAAAUGCAUAUACAGAGGAAAUAAUAAUGUUAGAGAUAACCAUAUGUCUUUACUCCUACAAAAAAUCCUUUAUAAUGAUUGGAACUUCCUCAUAACUUAAGAAAAAGAUUAAUUACAAUAUGCUUUCAAUGUAAUAUUUGAUACAAAGAGUGAAGUAUAGUGCCUUGAAAAACUUUAAAUCCUUGCACUUGUAAAACCAUUAAAAUCUGGACUGAAAGUUUCUGCUGAAAAUUUAGAUGACUAUGUAAACUUCACUAAGGUAAGUAACAUGAUUAGAACAGGAGGUGACUUCUUCUCAAGCCCCUCUGAAGCUAGACAUUUACAUUUACUUUUUAGUUUAUCCAACAAUUCGAUAGUCCAUAUUUUAAAUUGUUUAAAUACUUCUGAAGAAGAAUGGAAUUUCGAUUUCUAAGAAGAAUAAGAAGAAGAAAAACUAAAUGCUAAAGUCGCUGAGUAUAUCAAAGAAAAUAAAUUAGAUCCUGAGUCUAAAGAAUAAGAAAUCUAAGAUUAAAUCUUUUAAAAAUACAAUUCUCUUAAAAAAGAAGCUCUUCAAGCUCUUAGAACAAAUACUUUAAAAGAUGAGAGUGAAGGUAUAUCAAAAAGCAAAUAUUUAUCUUAUAUUCUCUAAUCUCUUUUCUUAUGGAAGAACAUUUCUAACAUCAAGUGGGAUGAUAUCUUAAAAAAUUCAGAGGCUUUUAUUGAUAAACCUUACCAAUUUAAGGAAUUCAAACAUUAAAUAGAUUUCUUGUUUAAUUAUAUCCAAUAUUUAUCAAUUUUACCCGCUGUUAUUCUAGAUAAAGCUGGUGCUAAACCAGCUCCUAGCAAGAGAAAAGAUGUUUCAAAACUAACUUCGUUAAAACCUGCAGAAAAAGAACCUAUAGAAUCUGUUAUCGUAGAAGAAACAAACGUAUUUAAUGUCCUUAAAAAAAUGAAAUUCAAAAGUUUAGACACAGAAAUAUUUACAAGACACAUAACAUAUGAAAGCAAUUCUAUUUACUUAAUUUAUCAAUCCUAUGAAAAAGUAGUCACAUAUAUGGGAUAAAUAGCUUCUGAAUACGCAGCUAUAUGCGAAGAAGACGAAGAAGAAGAAAUAAAUGAAGAAGCCUUCAGAGAAAAAUUCAAAGAACAAAUUUGUUCCGUCUCUGAAAAUAUUUAUUUCAUGCUUAACUUCUUGAAUGGAAGCUUCUUAAAAGAAAUAGAACAUGCCCAUCCAUUAAUUGAAUAUCUUGCUAAUCUUUACUUUAAAGGGCUCUAAGCUAUUCACACUCAAAAAACUGAACCUAUAACUUAGUAUCUGUAAAAAUGCAUGGAAGAUAAAAACUCAUUCAUCUAGAUAAUCUUGAAGGAAUGUCCAGAUUAUGCUACUAUUUUUAAUCAGGUUUUGAAUAUAACAUUCACAAUAUCAUUCUGCACUAUGAACGAUUCAAAAAUUGAUAGGUUAGAAAAAGAAAGCAUCCUUAAUCAAAUAGAUGAUUUGCUUGUUACUGUAGGCAGAGAUUUGCUUUAGAUUGAUGAUAAUAUUGUCAAUUUAAUAUAUGCUGUAUUCUAUCUUAUUACUAAUCAAGAAACUAAGAGAAUGAAAGAAAACGCAAAGCUUAAAGAUAAAUAAAAUUGCUUAAUUAUAUUACUAAAGAUAGCUUUUGAAAACCCUGAUUUAUCAGACUUUUUCUUUGGAUCUCCAAAGACUGGAGAAAGUGCAGAAUAAAUUGAUAAGAUGAUAAGCACUAUUACAAACGUCUUAUAAUCGAUUUUAGAUAAACCUUCAUAAUCUAUUAAUGAUAGCGACCUUGUUAAAGAAGUCCUCAAACUGCUUAAAUAUGCUAGUAAGGGUAAUAUAGAUGUAAGCAUUAUAGAAGAUGUGAUAUCCAUACUAACUGGAGAUCAUCAACGUGUAUUCAAUAUUCUUAAAAAGUUUGAAAUAGUUGAUGAAAAUAAGAUUGCUCUUAUUCAAAGAGCUUACAGUUAAGUAGUAGAUAUGCCUAUAUUUAACAACAAAGACAAAGCUAUUGUUGGAAGCAGCUCUUCUGAAUAACCAGAUAAAAUUAAAGAAAUUGUCAAAAAGCUCCAAGAUGGAAAAGCAACAAUUAAAGAUGUUUUUAUUGCGGUUGAUGCAGAGGGUGACAAUAGUGGUACUAUAUCUAUAGAUGAAUUCUAGUCAUUUGUUAGAAGAUUGGGUAUGGAGUUAAGUAGACACAGAGUUAAUGAAAUUUUUGCAUAUAUUAAAAAUAAAAAACAAAAACCAGGUAGCGUUGAAAAAACAGAUGAAUUGACUUUAAAUGUAGAGGAGUUCGAAAAAGCAUUUAAAUAUGUUAACGAUAAGAAAACUUCUAUGUCUCUAGAAAAACUAGGCAUAUCACCUGCUCUGCUUGUUCUUGCUCUUGGUACACUUAUAGUAAUUCUUAUACUUUUAUUUGUAUUCAUCUUCUUUGGUAUUAAUGCUUUUGCUAUGGGUGGAACAUUUGGCUCUAUAAUCAACUCACUCAUUCCAAUGGCUGCUGCUGGAGGUGCUGCAGGAUCACAAGAAGAUAAAAAAGAUAAAUUAAAAGAAGAAGAAGUUUCUACGGCAGUUGGUGAAACUCAAGCUAUUAUACAUUCUGAAAAUCUAUGA